AUGGCUGCUCGCGUGCAGCAGCCUGAGGAUGCGACAGUCCAGGGUAGGCAGUUCUCCGUCAGCGCCUGGGACCGCAGACAAGUGUGCGCGCGCUCAAAGAUGCGUCUGCGCUUUCCAAAGAGGUUCUACGGAUCUCAGGGAAGCCCUAUGGAAGGCUUUGUACGACGUGCUCGGGUACCCUCACUUUUGGUGGUCGCGGGUGUUCUGGGGAUGGACCGCGGGUGUUCGGCGAUUAUUGAGGCCAUUGGUCCUUAG